AUGUCGAAGAGCGGCGGAGAGGGCUGCGGGGAGGCGCGGUGCCGCGGAGCUCGGGGCCGGGGUCCCGGGGCGCGAAGGCCGCCUCCAUGCACCUGCACCAGGCUCCCUGGCAGCAGCAUAGGCCUCCGACGGAGGGGGCGCGGGGGGCUUCUCCCUGGGGGGGACCACUUGCUCCGGAGCCCCGCGGGAGCAGCAGCAGGAGCAGGAGGGGGAGCCCCGGCGUCGAGGCUGCACAGCAUCGAGGCCAUCCUGGGAUUUACCAAGGAGGACCCGCUGCUGGGCCCCUUCCACAGCCCCCCGGAGGAGGAAGAGGGGCAGCAGCAGCAGCAGCAAGAGGCAGCGCCGCCGCCGCCGCCGCCGGCGGGGAAGGAGAAGAGGAGCGCCAGGAGGAGGAGGAAGGCUUCCCCCCAAAGACAGGGGCCCCAGCAGCCCUUCCGAGAUCCCUUCUGUCCCAAACGCUCAGAGGAUUGCUUGAGCCCGGAAUUACCCACUUGCAACAACAGCGACAGCAAACUUUCUGAUGAAGACCAGCCCAAGAAGAAGCACCGGAGGAAUCGGACCACCUUCACCACCUACCAGUUACACGAACUGGAGCGAGCAUUCGAGAAAUCUCAUUACCCUGAUGUCUACAGUCGAGAGGAGUUGGCGAUGAAGGUCAACCUUCCUGAAGUGAGAGUUCAGGUUUGGUUUCAGAACCGCAGAGCUAAAUGGAGAAGACAGGAGAAGCUGGAAGUGACCGCCAUGAAGUUGCAGGAUUCCCCCAUUCUCUCUUUUAACCGCUCCCCACAGCCUUCCACCAUCGGGACCAUUGGCAGCAAUUUGCCCCUGGAGUCAUGGCUGAAUCCACCCAUGUCCAACAGCAGCCCCCUCCAGACUUUACCAGGUUUUGUGGCUUCCCCCCAAAGUCUCCCCAGCAGUUACACCCCUCCACCUUUCCUAAACUCUCCCCCCAUGGGACACACCCUGCAGCCCCUGGGGGCCAUGGGGCCACCACCACCUUAUCAAUGUGGAACCAACUUUGUGGACAAAUUCCCAUUGGAAGAGGUUGACCCUCGGAACACCAGCAUAGCUGCAUUGAGGAUGAAAGCAAAGGAGCAUAUCCAAUCCAUUGGGAAACCAUGGCAGACAAUAUGAGAAGGAAACACUCUUGUCCGUGUGCAUUACAAAGGACCUGCUUACAUCGUCUUUGCAAAGUGAACUCAUUCCUUAAAUCUUCCGUUGGACAGACAAGUCACGGCUGUUACUGUCAAGAGGGAUCUCCUACAUAGAAGUGACCUAAACACUAAAGGGGAGAGCUAGGGAAAGUUACUAUUUUGGACUGCACUUCCCAGAGUCCCUUGGGUACUGGCCUAGCUGGUUGGGGAUACUGGGAGUUGCAGUAUUAAAAAUACCAUCUCUGAGCUCUUCUACAGAGAAGCCAUUCUACCCUGCCAUCCUCCAGUUUAUCUCCACAUUUUUGUGUUCUUUCCCCCUUCCCAUCCUCAGACAAGAUUUAGGGCUUAAUUCUAGUUUUGUUGGUCUGUUGUAUUUUUUAAAAUGAUCUAAUCAUUUGAUAUCCCUGACUUUAUUGGCUGGAUUACAGUAGAGGCAAAGAAAAUUGUUGUAAUCUUCCUAGGAGUAUUUUGUAACAUUAAAGCACAAAUAUUUUCAGAC